AUGACUUCGGUUACUUCUCUACUCGACACUAUCCAGUCUCUAAGCCUCAAGCUUGAACAAGAGGAUGAUGUAAAAGUUCGCAAUGAAGCGGUUCAGCUAUCGAGGCAACUUACUGCCAUGCUAUCGCGGCCCGAAGACGUGGCCGCGGAGAUGAUAUUCACACCAUUUAUACCGAUCGCUGUCAAAAUCGCGAUUGAGAUGAAUGUCAUUGAACACAUCGUCAAAGCUACCGGUCCUAUUACUUCGGACGAGUUGGCCAAGCUAACCAACGCCGAAGAACUUCUCAUCAGCCGCGUACUUCGUGUCAUCGCGUCGGUUGGCCUUGUGGCGAAUGUGGGUGAUAGGACCUGGCAAGCAACGCCAGUAACGAAGGCAAUGGCUUUUGAAGGUGUAUCUGCAGGGUACAGAAUGAUUGAGGAAAUGGUCAUGGGCGCCGCAGUUAAGGCUCCCAAAUAUCUGAGAGAAACUGGAUACCGCUGCCCGACCAAUCCAAGUGACGGGUUCAUGCAAUACGCGUUCCAGACGAAGCUCUCUUCAUUCGAACUCUUCCAUUCAAUCCCAUGGGUUAUGGAAAACUUCAACAAGUUCAUGGGAAGCUCUAUGGGUGCCAGGCAGAUUUGGACAGACUGGUAUCCCAUGCAAGAGCAGCUAAUAGAUGGUUUCGAUCCCGAAACGCCUCUUCUUGUUGACAUUGGAGGCGGUUGGGGUCACGAUAUACUUGCCUUUCAUACGAAGUAUCCCAACAAAGGUAAAUUGAUUUUACAAGACCUACCGGAUGUUGUUAAGGACAAGCAAGAAUUCCCUGAUGGAGUCGAAGCGAUGGGCUAUGAUUUCUUCACCGAGCAGCCAGUUAAAGGCGCCCGAGCGUAUUUCUACCAUCAUAUUUUACAUGAUUGGUCGGACUACAAAUGCGAGGAGAUCUUACAGCAAGUGAAGAAUGCAAUGAAGCCCGGCUACUCCAAGCUCUACAUCCAUGAAAUGAUAGUCCCAGAUGCGCAAGCGUCUGCCUAUGUAGCUAUGCUUGACAUGACAAUGAUGUGUUUCAACGCUGGGAUGGAAAGGACUACGCGGCAGUGGGAAGAGCUUCUGGCAAGGGUCGGUCUCGAAGUUGUCAAGGUGUGGACAGCACCAGAGGAUGGUGCUGGCGGCAUUGUAGAGGCGAUGGUCAAGGAAUGAGACCCUAGAAGGCAUGGGAGUGCGCCGAGUCGCUUUAUUCCCAUCGCAACCAUUUCCUAACGCAACUACAUAAUACUCGCUGUAAAAUAAGUAUCACAUCAUGAUAUUAGUAGAUACCGGCGAGCUGGUUCCAAUUGACUGUCUAAUACUUCGGACAUGCUAGAAUCAGCAUCAGCCUACCAGCUCAUGAUAGGACCAAUGCUCAAAACGAGUCCCUUGAUGUAACCCAUAAGUUGGGUACUAGAAAAUCCUUCGCCACGUGCAGCACGCACAGAAAAUCAUGCUGAAUAUGUCCGAGCCUUACCAUUCCUGAGAUUUAUAGCAGUCUUCACCGUGCCCUCCGUGAUAUGGAUAGAAGCUUCCUCUUCUGGACAUCGUAUCAUACGA